CACUCGUCCCUCUCGUUGCCCCGACCCGACCUCCGCCUCUGCCUGCUCCUCCCGCUUUCCUCCCAGCUCCCAUCCCCGCAAGCCCAAACGCGACGCGACGCAACGCCACGCGAACGUGACGGGAGCGAGCCACCCGAAUCCACCAGACCACGCGCAGCCGUCACGCCCGGGCGCUUCUCCCCCCCCGACCCCGUCCUCCCGUUUGGCGUCUCUCUCUCUCCGUCGCGCGCGCCACGCGAACGGCACCUAGGCAAGGGGGCGCGAUGAGGCCGGGCGGGCCGCCGAACUCGCGGGCGCUGCAGCAGCCGGGCACGCCGGGGCGGUCGCGCCGGCGCCCGGAUCUCACGCUGCCGCUGCCGCAGCGCGACCUGGUCUCCCUCGCCGUGCCCCUGCCCCUGCCGCUGCCGCUGCCGCCGUCGUCCGCGUCGUCGUCGGGCUCGCUGUCGGCGCCGGCGUCGCUCGGAGGGCCGAGCCCAGGCCCGCCGCCGCAGAACCCAGCGUCGCUGGGCGCGCCCACCCCGCCGGCGAACCCGCCGCCGCUGUGCGAGCUGGAGCGCGUGCGGCGCAUCGGGAGCGGCGCCGGCGGGACGGUGUGGAUGGUGCGGCACCGCCCCACGGGCCGGCCCUACGCGCUGAAGGUGCUGUACGGCAACCACGACGACGCGGUGCGGCGGCAGAUCACGCGCGAGAUCGCCAUCCUCCGCACCGCCGAGCACCCGGCCGUGGUGCGGUGCCACGGCAUGUACGAGCAGGCCGGGGAGCUCCAGAUCCUGCUGGAGUACAUGGACGGCGGGUCCCUCGAGAACCGCCGCAUCGCCGACGAGCGCUUCCUGGCGCACGUGGCGCGGCAGGUGCUGUCGGGGAUCGCCUACCUCCACCGGCGCCACAUCGUGCACCGCGACAUCAAGCCCUCCAACCUGCUCAUCGACUCCGGGCGCCGCGUCAAGAUCGCCGACUUCGGCGUGGGCCGCAUCCUCAACCAGACCAUGGACCCCUGCAACUCCUCCGUCGGCACCAUCGCGUACAUGAGCCCCGAGCGCAUCAACACCGACCUCAACGACGGCGCCUACGACGGCUACGCCGGCGACAUCUGGAGCUUCGGCCUCAGCAUCCUCGAGUUCUACAUGGGCCGAUUCCCGCUGGGCGAGAACCUGGGCAGGCAGGGCGACUGGGCCGCGCUCAUGUGCGCCAUCUGCUACUCCGACUCGCCGCAGGCGCCGCGCACCGCCUCGUCGGACUUCAAGGACUUCAUCAGCCUCUGCCUCCAGAAGAACCCAGCGAACCGCCCGCCCGCGAUGCGGUUGCUGCAGCACCCGUUCGUGGCCCAGCCGCCGCUGACCGCCGGCCCGCCGUCAUGAUCGAUCGAUCGAUUGACUGAUUGAUUCCUCCCCAUCGCGAUCCAACUGGGGCGGCGGCGGCUGGAUUCAUCUCUCUCCUCACCUUUGGAUGCUUGGUUGCCUGAUUGGUUGGAUGGCCGUGAGAUGUGGGACCUAGGGACGUUCUUCCUUCCUAGCCAUUUUGGGAAAUUCAGGCCUCCGCCACAGCAAUCAUCACCGCAUCAUCCAUUGUUGUCGCCAGGAAUUAUAAGUUAUCGUCUUAGCACUUGUUCUCCUUUCAAUGUUCAUGUUCUCUUCCAGAUGAUAAUCAUAUAAUAUGGGGUUGUUAAGAAGAAAAAGAAGAAGAAGAAAACCAUCGCGUUUCAUGAUUUUGUAAUACAUACUACUGCCAUCUCUCACAGCUAGUCACUCGGUGGGCUGGAAAUGGAGGGAGUAGCUGGGUGGCUGGUGGUGACCCAGCUCCCCUCAAUCAAGCUCUCCUGGUGGUGGAGGCGAUGAUUGACAAGCAUCGGCACGGCACGGCAGCCUUGAUGCUGGCUUCUUGGAUUCUGCAAUCCUGGACGGAAUGACGGACGGAUGAAAUCUCCCUCGUCCCAUUUUUUUUAAACCCAGAAAAAGGGUGGAGUGAGGAAAAGACGGACCGAAUCUUGGAAACGAGAACCAAAUCAUCUCCGCGUUGGUGCGGUGGUCUGCGGAACCAAUCAUCUCCCUCGCUCUGUUCGUCUGAAUCGUCUUGCUGUGUGCCAGAAGCCGAGAACGGAUGGUCGCCAGGUAAAGCACACUCCCUCGCGACGAGAGCUGAUCACCGAUGGCUGGGCUGAUGAUGUUUACUCUUUUUUUAUGGCUCUGCCGUUUGCUUCUUUUGGGCCUGCGAUUGCGAGACAGCGAGAGGCGCCGCCGCUUUGGAGGGACGGUCAUUUUUAGGCAUCCCUUGCCUUGGCGUCCUAUUUUUUUUUUUUCUUCUUUAGUACAGCGAGAGGUCAUUCUUCGGCAUAAUUUAUCUUAUGAUUGUUGAAACA